AUGGCCAAAUGCAUUGAGAAUAAUACAAUUGAAAUCAUACCAUAUGAAUGUCCACCCAUUGAGAACAUCACUUGUACUAAUGGAAAGAAACCAGUCCUUGUAUAUGAUGAGUACCACUGCUGCUACUAUUCUGCUUGUGACUGUGUAUGUGAAGGAUGGGGAGAUCCUCAUUACAUCACAUUUGAUGGAUUAUACUACAGUUAUCAGGGAAACUGUACUUAUGUCUUGAUGGAGGAGAUUUCAUCAGUACAUGACUUGAAGAUUUAUAUUGACAAUGUAUUUUGUGAUCCCACUGUGGAUGUUUCUUGUCCACGAUCGAUAACUAUAUCAUACAGAUCACUAGUUGUCACACUCAAGAAUCAUAACCUUAUUGGAGAAGCUCGUUUGGAGGCCCUCAAAGAUGGAUUACCUUUGAAUCUGCCUUAUUCGCAAGGUGGUGCUAAGGUCUUGAAUUCUGGAAUCAACCUGAUUUUUGAGAUCCCUCGCCUACAAGUGGUCAUUACAUUUGGAAUAACUGGCUUUACUGUCACCCUUCCAUUUCAACACUUUGGCAGAAACACACAGGGCCAUUGUGGAACAUGCAAUAACAACCAGAAUGAUGAUUGCAUGUUGCCUGGAGGCAAGCUGGUGCAAAGCUGUGCCAUGAUGGCUGACUAUUGGCUUGCAAAAAACAUUGAGCAACCCAACUGCCAGAUACCUCCUGUAAUGCCCACCAGUACACCUGAACCUCCACCACUGAAUGCAUGCAAGCCAGACUCUAUGUGUGAUCUGCUUAAAAAGGGUGUCUUUGCAGAGUGCCAUCCAUUUGUCUCUCCUGACAAAUUCUACCAAGGUUGUGUUUUUGAUAGCUGUCACGUUUCCAACCCAGCAGUGGAGUGCACAAGUUUGCAGACUUAUGCUGCUGCCUGUGCUCAGGCAGGAGUUUGUCUUCACUGGAGGAGCCACACCGAACUGUGUGCAAGCGACUGCCCAUCAAACAAAGUUUACAAGCCAUGUGGUCCUGCAGAACAGCCAACUUGUGAGAGCAAUCUGAAUGAACCCCUCUCAAACUUCACUACUGAGGGCUGCUUUUGUCCUGACGGAAUGAAACUCUUCAACAAAGAGUCUGGCGUCUGUGUUGAUAAGUGUGGAUGUCUUGAUCCUCAGGGCAUGCCUCGUGAGUUCAAUGAGCGUUUUGAGUACAAAUGCCAAAAUUGCAUCUGUGAGGAGUCCACCAAGACUGUGAAAUGCAAGCCUAAGGAGUGCCCAGCAUCACCUCCAACAAACUGCGCUGGUCCAGGGUUUGUGCUUGUCAACACAACUAAUCCAUCAGACCCCUGCUGUGCUACCUUGGUUUGCAAAUGUCAAAGCAACACUUGCCAAGUCAACAACAUGUACUGUCAAGUCGGAUAUAUGCCAAUUCUCACUGUUUCUGAGGGAAAAUGCUGUCCAGAGCAUAUAUGUGAACCUAAAAGAGUUUGUGUCCACGAUGACAUGGAAUACAAGCCUGGUACUUCAGUUCCUGCGAAUAAUUGUCAGAACUGUACCUGUACAAAUGAGGUCGACCCCAGUAAUGAUUUAUUCAAGAUAUCUUGUGAGUUUCGUCAAUGUCAGAAAAACUGUGACAUGGGGUAUGAAUAUGUGAAAACCGAUUCAGAUGAAUGCUGUGGGAAGUGUGUACAGACACACUGUGUCCUCAAUGUUACUAGUAACAAGCAGAUCUUGAUGCACGGCCAAACCUGGUCACCACCUGAGAGCAAGUGUGAGCAUUACACUUGUAUAAAGAGUGGUGAGACUUUAACAAUAAUCAGCUCACACGUUGUCUGCCCACCGUUCAAGGAGAGCAACUGCCAACCUGACACGAUUCAGACUGCGGCAAAUGGCUGUUGUAAAAUUUGUGUGGAGAAGGAGAAGGCCUGCACGUUAAAAUCCAUGGAAAUCCAGGUUAUGCACAAGGACUGUGAGUCUUACCAGUUGGUAGAUAUGCCAUAUUGUGAAGGAUCCUGCAGCACCUUCACCAAGUACUCUAAAGCAGCAGCUACUAUGGAGCAUUCUUGUUCCUGCUGUAAGGAGACACGCUCCAGCAAUCGCACUAUUGACUUGUAUUGCUUGAAUGGAGAUGUGGUUCCAUACACGUACAUUCAUGUGGAGGAGUGUAGCUGUGGCCACACAGACUGCACCAAAGCUGCCGGACAACCUGCUCGCAGGAGGCGAGGCUUCACACUGGUGUGA